CCCGACGUCACCGCGACCCCCGGGAGGCUCCUGUUCUUCGCGCCCACCGGCCGCACGUCGCCGCCUGAGGAGGGGGAAGCCCCGGCGGGCGACGCCAUCAUGUCGCCCGAAGAGGAGCUGGACGGGUACGAGCCGGAGCCCCUCGGGAAGAGGCCGGCGGUCCUGCCCUUGCUGGAGUUGGUCGGGGAGGCCGGCAGCGGCCCCGGCACGGACGGGUCCCUGCCCUCGACGCCGCCCCCCGCGGAGGAGGAGGAGGACGAGCUGUACCGGCAGUCGCUGGAGAUCAUCUCUCGCUACCUCCGGGAGCAGGCGACCGGCGCCAAGGACGCCAAG